AGCUGGACACCGGAUCACCAGGCGGAGCAGCAGGCACCGGGCCACCAAGCGGAGCAGCAGGCACCGGGCCACCAGGAGGGGCGACAGGCAUCGGGCCCCCAGGAGGAGCGACAGGCAUCGGGCCCCCAGGAGGGGCGACAGGCAUCAGGCCCUCAGGAGGGGCGAUGGCAUCGGGCCCCCAGGAGGGGUGGCAGGCGCCGGGCCCCCAGGAGGGGCGGGCGGGCGCCGGGCCCCCAGGAGGGGCGACAGGCAUUGGGCCCCCAGGCGGGCGGUGGGCGCCGGGCCCCCAGGCGGGGCGGCGGCGCGCCGGGCCCCCAGGUGGAGCGGCGGGGCACGGAGCGGCGGGCCCCGGGUCAUCAGGCACAACAACGGGCAUCGGGUCACCAGGCAUCAGGUCAUUUGGCUCGCCAGCGGGCACCGCGUCAUCUGGCAAGGCAGUGGGCACCGAGUCACCAGGCA